AUGACUAAGGAAGACCUCAUAAAACAUUUGGGAACCAUUGCCGACUCUGGAACUUCAGAGUUUUUCAAAAAAUUUGAAAAUUCUGACACUGAGGGCCAAAAUGACUUAAUUGGAAAAUUUGGGGUCGGAUUUUACUCUUCUUUCCUCGUUUCUGAGAAAGUGGCGGUCAUCUCGAAACACAACGACGACCAACAGUACAUUUGGACAUCUGACGCCUCCUCAUACACCGUGGUCCCCGAUCCGAGUGGGAAUACUUUGGGACGAGGAACUAAAAUUAUUCUAUUCCUCCGUGAGGAAAGUCGUGAGUUCCUUGAAGUCUUCAAAUUGGAUUCGAUGUGUAGAAAGUUCUCUCAAUUCUUGUCUUUUCCGAUAUAUUUACGCGACAAAAAAAACGUGUACGAUUCGGAUGAGUCUGAAAACAAGGAACCGAGGACCGAAGAAUAUUGGAAACAUGUCAACACGGUAAAACCUCUUUGGCAAAGAAAGUUUGUCCCCCACAAAUUAUUUAAGUCCGAGUGA